AUGGUAAAGGCGGACGUCCGGAGGGAUUAUUAUGCAGACUUAGGUCUUGCGCCCAAUGCGGACGCUGAAGAUAUCAAGAAGCAGUUUAGGAAACUAGGUAAGUGGAAGACCGUCGAUUGGUUGCUUGGGUUGUUAUUGAUUUCUCUUAAAUACCAUCCGGACCGAAAUCCUGGCAAAGAGGUGGAAUUCAUUGCCAAGUUCCAAGCCAUUCAAGCUGCAAAUGAGAUUCUCAGCGAUCCUCAACAACGGUUGAGGUACGACACGGACCGCUUACGUGCUGGGUACGGAAAGUACUAUGGACCACCUAAGUCCAACUCCCCUCGAAAAGCUCCCACCAAGAACUAUCCUUCGUCGCCUUCAGCAAAACCUCAAACUGCGAAACCAUCGUUCUCGUCGCGACCGCAGUCAUUCCACAGCGGUCCUUCUUCUGGCGCCCAAAGAUAUGCAAGCUACGCGCGGGCAGCCCCCAAACAACCGUGGGAGAAGAUGCAGGAUGAAGGACAGACACGGGCUGAUGCAUAUCGCGGGUUUCAAGACAUGAAGGGGAACCACACGUCUGGUUGGUCCCAGUUUGACCCUCGCACAGGGCGCUCAGGGUACUCAGGUGCUAUGCCCCGAACCAAUGCCUCUUCUGCGGGUCAAUCGACAAGGCCCAAAUCUGCGUACGAGUAUUUCAAGACAUCUCCCAAGUCAGCUGGUUCAGAGUCCACCCGUGCGCAUUCUACAAAAAAGAAGCAAGGGUUUGCCCCGCGGUCUGCUGGUGGGGAUGAGCCUAUGGCCCCGAACACUUCUUCUUAUUCGAAUGUUCCUCGGAAUGAACGGCCUCAGAUGAGAGAUUUCUUUGGUCCUGCUCCCUCCCCAACAGCUAGAAAGGCUGCUGCAGGUUUCCAGAACCGUGAGGAAAAUUCAAGUACGCCGGAAGUUGAGCGAACAGGUAGCAAGUACGCUGGUACUGGAGGAGAAAGAACCUUCUUCUCGAGUGCCUGGCUCGGGCGCUCUGCAAGUAUGCGUGAAUCACCCGGAAGUCCUAAGCCUCAUGCGCGAACAAACCCACCUAGCCCGACUCCCCCAGAAUCUGGCAGGCAUCGAAGCGCAAGCCCCAAAUUCAAAACUGACCAUAAUCGGAACUAUUCCUCUACAAGUUCAAGCGACACCGACGAGGACGUCGACCCGGAGCACAAGCCCAAGGCGGUUCCCAAGAGCAGGCUUCGGGCUCACCAGAGAUUUGCUAACAUUUACACUCAGCAAAAAUUUAACUCCAGAACUGGACAUGAUUCUGAGAGCACCUCUUCAGCCCGAAACAUGUUUGGAGCUAAAACCGAUGAUCCAUUCGUACAGUAA